AUGGAAGAACUUCAUUCAGUUUUCAUAUACCAAGAGGAAAGGGAGCAUGAACAAAAUCAAAAACUCAUAAACACAAUGCUUGAACUAGAAGCAAUGAAGAACAUGAAUACAGAACUCCACACUCAACUUAAAAUAGCAUAUCAAGAAAGAGAUGAAGCUAGAAAUCAGCUACAAAAACUAACAAACAAGUUUUGUCCAAUUGAUUUUCCCCAAGAAAACCCUUUCAUGUUUCAUUCAUCGAACUCCGAAUCUAGUACUCUUUCGUAUAGUUCGUCUCUUUCGCCAUCGUCGGUUGAUUCAUUCUUUGAAACGGCUUCUUCGUCUAUGUUUUCAAACACUGGUAUGGGAUAUCUCAAUCAUCAUACAAAUCCAAAUUUUAGUUAUUUGAUGGCUCCUAUUGAAGAACAAGUUCGUGAUGUUCGUGGUGAUCAUGAUUGCGGAAGCGAAUAUAUAGAUUCUAUUGCUAAGGAAAGAGAUUUGCCUCAAAAGGGUAAACUUUUACAAGCUGUGGUUGAUGCUGGUCCUUUGCUUCAAACUAUUCUAUUUGAAGGAACACUUCCUACUUGGAGAAAUCCACCUCAUUUGCAAGAUAAUGUUACUUUCAGUUCUUCAUUGCUUAAUUUUGCUGAUAAUCAUCUUCCUCAUUCGUCUAACAAUUCUCUUAAGUAUGUUUUUGAUUUCGAUUAUAAUAAUAGUUUCGGCCAAAUCAACUCAACUCGAAGAGGUAUUAGUAUUUAG